UGUAAGUUGGAAAAUCAAAUGUGUCCCCUUGGUGAUCAUUCUUAUGUAAUUAAGCUUUGAUAAUACAUUAGCUUAAACCUACCAUGAAAGUCUAAUUAAUAACAUAAGAAGAUUUAUUUUGAAAUCACAAAGAAUAGCUUAUUUAGCAAGUGAUUUGGAUCCACCACAUUAGUCUCAAGCAAGGAUAGCUUCCUGAGGGUGUGGAGACCACGUGGAAAGGUUGAAAUUAAUGCACAGGCGUGUCCAAAGCUUGACCUUUUCUUGCAAAUUUCUUGCUUUUUCUAGAAACUUUUACUAUCUUCUCCUCAUAUCUCAAGGAAUAGUAACACUGUCUGUACUUGCCUUUCUUUGUUACACAAAAAUGGCCAUGGUGAAUGCAUCCUUAUCUCCUUUAAAGAACUCUAUUCCACUUCUUUCGCAUUCAUUUUCAUCAUUUCCUGGUACCUCUACUGCAGCAUUCUUUAAAACACCCUUAAAUGAAUCUUUCCCUUGUGCAUUGUCUGCUUGUACAAGGAGCAGUAGAUGCCUCUUUCCAUCCCCUGCAAUCAAGAAUAAGGUUCCUGAAGCUGAUUAUAGGAGUGGGGAAGACGAAGAAGUAGAACAUGUGGAGGAGCUUACUGAGACACACCUCUACUCUUUCACUCCUUUGCCUUUGCUACUUGUGGCUGCUCUUCCUGGAGCUGGUACUGUGAGGUCUCUCAUUGGACCUUUUGUUGAGCUUGUGAAAUCAUGGAAUCUUCCUGAAUGGCUUGUGCAUUGGGGUCAUCCUGGAAACAUGGCUGUUGUGCUCUUUGCAAUGGGUGGUUAUGGGACAUACCUCGGAUUUCGAAUCCGUUUUUCUGAUGAUGUGGAGGAGAAGGCCAAAGCUAAAGACUUGCACCCAAAGCUUCUGGGUGGAAUGUUUUUCUUCUUUGCUCUUGGAGCAACCGGUGGAAUCACAUCUUUGCUCACUUCAGAUAAACCAAUCUUUGAGAGUCCUCAUGCUGUUACAGGUUUUAUUGGGCUUACACUGUUGACAAUUCAGACCAUUUUACCAGCAUUAUUUGAGGGAAAACCUGGAUUGAGAAAUGUUCAUGGGAUAUUGGGCAGUGGAAUCAUGACACUCUUUCUUCUCCAUGCUGCUCUUGGACUUCAACUUGGUCUCAGUUAUUAAUUCCUCAUGUAACUUAAAAUACAUGUAUGGAUCCUAGGAAAUUUUUGUGAUUCAUUUUUACUAUUAUUUUGACAUUUGAAAUACGGUGAAUCAAUACAAAUAUUAUGAGAAUAUUCGUAA